AUUCCCAAAUUAAAUUGGAAAGAACUUAUACAUUAAAACAAAGCAAAGCACAGAAAGGCAGAGAGAUUGGAUAGGAAGAAGUUGGGCAUGGGGAAUCUAUUAGGAUGGCUCGUGACCUUCUUCUUCCUCGUCUCCCUUCUCUCCAUCAUCUGCUAUCAGCUUAUUUGUCUUAUUGAUUUGGAAAUCGAUUACACUAAUCAUUACGAUUCGGCGGCACGGAUUAACAAGUUCGUCGUGCCGGAGUUCAUAAUCCAAGCCGUUUUCUGUUUAGCCUGUUUAAUUACAGGACAUUAUCUCCUUUGUUUCCUGUCUCUCCCAUAUUUAUACUAUAAUUUCAGUUUGUAUAGGACGAGAACACAUUUAGUUGAUGUAACAGAGAUAUUUAAUCGGCUCAACUGGGAAAAGAAGCAACGACUUAUCAAACUUGGCUAUCUUUCUAUGCUUUUUCUUGUUUUAUUUUUGGUUGAUUUGGACAGUGGGAACUGAUAAUUAUUAAACAGGCUUUUGGUAUAGGUUUAAUGCACAAAUUGAUCCCUGAAUUUGAAGCAAUGUAUGAGAGUUUUUUGUUACAUUUUUCCAAUGAAUACGAAUGCAACAACUAAGGCGGAAUCGGGAUGAAACUUCAAACGCGUAACACUCCCUAUCCGGCUUGAAAGUUAUACAUGAAUCGAAGAAGUCACAUACGUGAGUCGGAGUAGAUACAGAACUGAAACUUUUAGAAACUUUUAUAGCAUAUUCAAAGAUGCA